AUGGGUAUGGUAUGGAGUCCAAGGUUAAUGGUACAAGCGCAACCAGAGACUAUGAGUGAAGAAGAAUCAGGAAGUAGUGAUAAAGAAAACAAGAAUAUGUGCACACAGAAAGACAGGUCACAUCCAAAUUGGAAGAAGCACAAACACAAAGAGAGUGAGUCGAUCUAUGUGGCACAAUCAGAGCAUGAGUUUGCAUGUCCCACAUGCUUAAAGACUUUCAGUGACCACAGAAGUUUCAUAACUCAUCUGCUCUUUCACAGCAAAGAGAAACUCUUCUCCUGUGAAGUACGUGAAAAAAGUAUCACAUCGAACCAGGGUUUACAGAGUCAAAGGAACCAUCGUCACAAGGAUCAUUUGGCAUCGAAGGCUGCUGUAGUAUAUGGCAUGAUGUCAGAGGUUAAUAGUAGAAGUAACAACUGGCCACAGGAAAUACCAGGGACUACAAAUGAAGAAGAAUCAGAUAGUUGUAAUAAAGAAAACAAAAAUUUGUGCACACAGAAAGAUAAGUCACAUCAGAAUAGGAAAAAGCGCAAACACAAAGAUACUGAGACAACCCAUUUGGGACUAUCAGAGCAUGAGUUUGCAUGUCCCACAUGCUUAAAGACUUUCAGUGACCACAGCAGCUUCAUAACUCAUCUGCUCUUUCAUAGGGAAGAGAAACUCUUCUCCUGUGCAGUACAUGAAAAAAGUAUCACAUUGAAACAUAGUUUGCAGAGUCAAAGGAACCAUCAUCACAAAGAUCAUUUGCCAUCGAAGGCUGCUAUAGUAUGUGGCAUGGUGUCAGAGGUUAAUAGUAGAAGUAACAACUGGUCACAGGAAAUACCAGAGGCUACAAAUGAAGAAGAAUCAGAUAGUAGUAAUAAAGAAAACAAAAAUAUGUGUACACAGAAAGACAAGUCACAUCAGAAUAGGAAGAAGCAGAAGCACAAACACAAAGAGACUGAGACAAUCCAUGUGGCACAAUCAGAGCAUGAGUUCACAUGUCCCACAUGCUUAAAGACUUUCAGUGACCACAGCAGCUUCAUAACUCAUCUGCUCUUUCAUAGGGAAGAGAAACUCUUCUCCUGUGCAGUAUAUGAAAAAAGUAUCACAUCGAAAAAAAGUUUGCAGAGUGAAAGGAAGCGUCAUCGGAAGGAUAAUUUGGCAUCGAAGGCUGCUAUAGUGUGCAGUAUGGACCCCAAGGUUAAUAGUAGAAGUAACAGCUGGUCACAUGAAAUACCAGAGACUACAAACAGAGAAGAAUCAGGGAGUGGUAAUGAAGAAAGCAAGAAUAUGUGCACACAGAAAGACAGGCAACAUCUGAAUCAGAAAAGGCGCAAAAACAAAGAGAGUGAGACCAUAUGUUUGGCACAACCAGAGAACGAGUUUGCAUGUCCCACUUGCUUAAAGACUUUCAGUGACCACAGCAACUUUGUAACACAUCUACUUGCUCACAGUGAAGAGAAACUCUUCUCCGGUGCAGAACUUGAAAAAAGUUUCACAUUGAAACAGAGUUCACAGAGUCGCAGGAAGCAUCAUCACAAGGACCAUUUGGCGUUGAAGGCUGCUAUAAUGCACAGUUUGGAGUCUGAAUUUUAUUCUAGAAGCAACAGAUGGUUAAAUGAAAUACCAAAGACUACAAAUACAAAUGGUGAAGAAUCAGAAAAUGCUGAUCACUUGUAUAGUUUGAAGGAAGAAGAAAACAAGAAUAUAAAGCAUAAAUACAAAGACAGUAAGGUUAUUAUAGCAAGCACUAUGGCAUCACAUGAAACAGUGACAGGAAAUAGAGAAGAACUGGAAAGUAGUAACAAUGAAAACAAUAUUCCGCACUCACGGAAAGACAAUUUGCACCCGAAAGGGAAAAAAUAUAAGGACAAAGAGACUGAGGUUAAUAUUGGAGACAGUAUGGCACCACAUGAAAUACCAGUGACUGCAAAUAAAGACAAACCAGAAAGUAGUAAUGAAGAAAACAAAUUUCUUUGUGCAAAGAAAGACAGUUCACAUCCAAGACAGAACAAGAAUAAACCCAAAGAGGGUAAGGUUAAUACUGGAGACAGUGAGACGGGGCAUGAAAUAACAGUGACUGCAAAUGGAGAAGAAUCAGGAAGCAGUAAUGAAAUAAGUAAAAAUCUGUGCACAAAGGACGAUAGUUCACAUCCAAAACAGAAAAAGCAUAAACACAAAGACACUGAGGUUAAUACUGGAGACAAUGUGGUGUCAUAUGAAAUACCAGUGGCUGCAUAUGGAGAAGAACCAGGAAGUAGUAAUGAAGAAAGCAAGAAUCGGUGUACAAAGAAAAGCAGUUCACAUACAAAACGGAAAAAGCGUAAACACAAAGAGACUGAGGUUAACUCUGAAGACAAUGUGGUGUCAUAUGAAAUACCAGUGACCGCAAAUCGAGAAGAACCACAAAGUAGUAAAGAAGAAAACAAGAAUUUGUGUGCAAAGGAGGACAGUUCACACCCGAAACGAAGAAAGCAUAAACACAAAGAGGCUAGCGGUAAUAAUAGGGACAGUACGGUAUCAUGUGAAAUACCAGUGACUUCUAGUGGAGAAGAUCCAGAAAGUAAUAAUAAAGAAAAUGAGAAAAAGAAAGGCAAGUCACAUUCAAAAUGCAAAAAGCAUAAACACAGAGAAACUGAGGUUAAUACUGGGGACAGUCUGGCAGCACAUGAAAUACCAGUGACUGCAGAUGGAGAAGAACCAGGAAGUAGUAAUGAAGAAAGUAAGAAUCGGUGCACAAACAAAGGCAGUUCGCAUACGAAACGGAAAAAGCAUAAACACAAAGAAAUUGAGGUUAACACUGAAGACAGUGUGGUCUCAUAUGAAACACCAGUGACCGCAAAUAGAGAAGAACCAGAAAGUAGUAAAGAAGGAAACAAGAGUUUGUGCACAAAGAAAGGCGGUUCACACCUGAAACGAAAAAAGCAUAAACACAAAGAGGAUAAGAGUAAUACUGGAGAGAGUAUAGCAUCAUGUGAAAUGACAGUGACUUCUAAUGGAGAAGAUCCGGAAAGUAAUAAUAAAGAAAAUGAGAGAAAGAAAGACAAGUCACAUUCAAAAUGGAAAAAGCAUAAGCACAGAGAGACUGAGGUUAAUACUGGAGACAGUGUGGUCUCCUGUGAAAUGCCAGUGACUUCUAGUGGAGAAGACCCAGAAGGUAAUAAUAAAGAAAAUGAGAAAAAGAAAGGCAAGUCACAUUUGAAACGGAAAAGGCAUAAACACAAAGAGACUGAGGUUAAUAUUGGAGACAGAAUGGCAGCACAUGAAAUACCAGUGACUGCAAAUGGAGAAGAACCAGAGAUUAGUGAUGAUGAAAACCAGAAUCUGUGCACAAAGAAAGACAGCUCACAUCCGAAACAGGAAAAGAAGAAAUACAAAGAGACUAAGGUUAAUACUGGAAACAGUAUCUUUUCAUAUGAAAUACCAGUAACCUCUAAUGAAGAACAAACAGACAAUAAUAAUGAAGAAAGUAAGAAUCUGUGCGCAAAGAGAGGCAAUUUACAUCUAAAACAGAAGAAGCAAAAACACGGAGAGACUGGUGCUAGUAUUGGAGACAGUAUGGAAUCACAUAAAAUACUAGUGCUUGUAGAUGGAGAAGAAACAGAGAGUAGUAAUGAUGAAAACAAGAAUAUGCGCACAAAGAAAGACAGUUUACACCAGAAACGGAAAAAGAAGAAACACAAAGAUACUGAAGUUAUUACUGGACACAGCAUAAUCUCUUAUAAAAUACUAGCAACUGUGGAUGGAGAAGUACCAGAAAGUAGUAAUGAAGAAAAUAAAAAUCUGUGCACAAAGAAAGAUAGUUCAAAACUGAAGCAGAAAAAGAAUAAACACAAAGAGAAUAAGGUUCAUACUGGAAACAAUAUGGUCUUCUAUGAAAUACCAGUGAGUGCAAAUGGAGAAGAAGAAAAAGGAAGUAAUGAAGAAAACAAGAAUGUGUGCAUAGAGAAACACAGUUUACAUGCAAAACAAAAAAAGCAUAAACCCAAAGAGACUGAGGUUAAUAUUGGAGGCAGUAUGGCAUCACGUCAAAUAUCAGUGACUGCAAGUGGAGAAGAACCAGAAAGUAGUAAUGAACAAAACAAGAAUGUGCACACUAAGAAGCACAGUUCACAAUUGAAACAGAAAAAGAAUAAAUGCAAAGAAGGUAAGAUUAAUACUGGCAACAGUAUGGUCUCGUAUGAAAUACCAAUGGGUGCAAACAGAGAAGAAGCAGAAAGUAGCAGUGAUGAAAGAAAGAAUCUGUGCUCAAAGAAAGAUAGUUCACAUCCAGAAUGGAAAAAGCAUAAACACAAAGAGACUGAGGCUAAUAUUGAAGACAGUAUGUCAUCACAUAAAAUUCCACUGACUGCAGAUGGAGGAGAACCAGAGAACAGUAAUGAAGAAAACAAUAAUCUGUGCACAAAGAAAGACAGUUCGCACCCAGAAUGGAAAAAGAAUAAACACAGAGACACUGAGGUUAAUACUGUAGACAGUAUAGUGUCGUAUGAAGUACCAGUGACUUCUAAUGGAGAAAAAAUAGAAAAUGGUAAUGAAGAAAGUAAGAAUGUGUGCACGAAGAGAGACAGUUCACAUCUGAAAUGGAAAAAGCAUAAACACAAAGAGACCGGAGUUAAUAUUGGAGACAGUUUGGUAUCACAUGAAAUUCCAGUGACUGCAGAUGGGAGAGAGUCAGAGAGCAGUAAUGAAAAAAACAAAAGUCUGUGUACAAAGAAAGACAGUUCACACCUGAAAAGGAAAAAGAAUAAACACAAAGAGAAUAAUGUUAAUACUGGAAACAAUAUGGUCUUGUAUGAAAUACCAGUGAGUGCAAACGGAGAAGAAGAAAAAGGAAGUAAUGAAGAAAACAAGAAUGUGUGCAUAGAGAAACACAGUUCACAUGCAAAACUAAAAAAGCAUAAACCCAAAGAGACUGAGGUUAAUAUUGGAGGCAGUAUGGCAUCACGUCAAAUAUCAGUGACUGCAAGUGGAGAAGAACCAGAAAGUAGUAAUGAAGAAAACAAGAAUGUGCACACUAAGAAACACAGUUCACAAUUGAAACAGAAAAAGAAUAAAUGCAAAGAAGGUAAGAUUAAUACUGGCAACAGUAUGGUCUCGUAUGAAAUACCAAUGAGUGCAAACAGAGAAGAAGCAGAAAGUAGCAAUGAAGAAAGAAAGAAUCUGUGCUCAAAGAAAGAUAGUUCACAUCCAGAAUGGAAAAAGCAUAAACACAAAGAGACUGAGGCUAAUAUUGAAGACAGUAUGUCAUCACAUAAAAUUCCACUGACUGCAGAUGGAGGAGAACCAGAGAACAGUAAUGAAGAAAACAAUAAUCUGUGCACAAAGAAAGACAGUUCGCACCCAGAAUGGAAAAAGAAUAAACACAGAGACACUGAGGUUAAUACUGUAGACAGUAUAGUGUCGUAUGAAGUACCAGUGACUUCUAAUGGAGAAAAAAUAGAAAAUGGUAAUGAAGAAAGUAAGAAUGUGUGCACAAAGAGAGACAGUUCACAUCUGAAAUGGAAAAAGCAUAAACACAAAGAGACCGGAGUUAAUAUUGGAGACAGUUUGGUAUCACAUGAAAUUCCAGUGACUGCAGAUGGGAGAGAGUCAGAGAGUAGUAAUGAAAAAAACAAAAGUCUGUGUACAAAGAAAGACAGUUCACACCUGAAAAGGAAAAAGAAUAAACACAAAGAGAAUAAUGUUAAUACUGGAAACAAUAUGGUCUUGUAUGAAAUACCAGUGAGUGCAAACGGAGAAGAAGAAAAAGGAAGUAAUGAAGAAAACAAGAAUGUGUGCAUAGAGAAACACAGUUCACAUGCAAAACUAAAAAAGCAUAAACCUAAAGAGACUGAGGUUAAUAUUGGAGGCAGUAUGGCAUCAUGUCAAAUAUCAGUGACUGCAAGUGGAGAAGAACCAGAAAGUAGUAAUGAAGAAAACAAGAAUGUGCACACUAAGAAACACAGUUCACAAUUGAAACAGAAAAAGAAUAAAUGCAAAGAAGGUAAGAUUAAUACUGACAACAGUAUGGUCUCGUAUGAAAUACCAAUGAGUGCAAACAGAGAAGAAGCAGAAAGUAGCAAUGAAGAAAGAAAGAAUCUGUGCUCAAAGAAAGAUAGUUCACAUCCAGAAUGGAAAAAGCAUAAACACAAAGAGACUGAGGCUAAUAUUGGAGACAGUAUGUCAUCACAUAAAAUUCCACUGACUGCAGAUGGAGGAGGACCAGAGAACAGUAAUGAAGAAAACAAUAAUCUGUGCACAAAGAAAGACAGUCCGCACCCAGAAUGGAAAAAGAAUAAACACAGAGACACUGAGGUUAAUACUGUAGACAGUAUAGUGUCGUAUGAAGUACCAGUGACUUCUAAUGCAGAAAAAAUAGAAAAUGGUAAUGAAGAAAGUAAGAAUGUGUGCACGAAGAGAGACAGUUCACAUCUGAAAUGGAAAAAGCAUAAACACAAAGAGACCGGAGUUAAUAUUGGAGACAGUAUGGUAUCACAUGAAAUUCCAGUGACUGCAGAUGGGAGAGAGUCAGAGAGUAGUAAUGAAAAAAACAAAAGUCUGUGUACAAAGAAAGACAGUUCACACCUGAAAAGGAAAAAGAAUAAACACAAAGACACUGAGGUUAAUACUGUAGACAGUACGGCAUCACAUGUAAUAUCAGUAACUUCCAUUGGAAAAGAACCAGAAAGUAGUAAUAAAGGAAGCAAGAAUCUGUGCUCAACAAAAGACAGCUCACAUCCAAAACGGAGAAAGCAUAAACACAAAGAAACUGAGGUUAAUAUAGGAGACAGAAUGGCAUUGCAUGAAAUACCAGUCACUUCAUGCGGAGGAGAACCGGAAAGUAGUAAUGAAGAAAACAAGAAUCUUUGCCCAAAGAAAGACAGUUCUCACCCGAAACAGAAAAGGAAUAAGCGGAAAGAGACUGUGGUUAAUAUUGGAGACAGUAUAAUGUCGUAUGAAAUACCAGUGACUGCAAAUGGGGAAGAACCAGAAAGUAGUAAUGAAGUAAACAAGAAUCAGUGUACACAGAAAGACAGUUUUCAAUGGCAGCAUAAAGAGCACAAUGACAAAAAGGGUAAGAUUAAUAUUGGAGACAGUGUGACAUCAUAUGAAUUGCCAGUGACCUCCAGUGGAGUAGAACAAGAAAGUAAUAAUGAAGAAAAUCAGAAUAUCUGCACAGAGAACAACAGUUCACAUCUCAAUGAGAAAAAUGACAAAGAGAGUAAGAUUAUCUAUUUGGCUCGAUUAUUGCAGAAAUCUUCAUUCAUUACACAAUCAGAGCAAGAGUUUGCUUGUCCCAAAUGCUUGAAGCAUUUUAAUAACCGCAGCAACUUCGUAAGACAUCUGCUUGUUCACAGGAAAGAGAAAGACUACACCUGUGCUGUAUGUGAAAAAAGUUUCACAUUGAAGCAGAGUUUACAAUUACACAUGCUUUGUCACAUGAAGGAGAAGCAACAUAUAUGUGCUGUGUGUUCAAGGCCUUUUACUGAUGCAAACAAUUUGAGGAGGCAUAGUCUAAUACAUAAUAGGAUAAAAGAAUUUGUUUGUGAUAUUUGUUCAAAAGCAUUUUCCCGUAAGCAACAACUUGGAGCUCAUAUAUUGAGACAUAAGGAUGUGCAAUCAUUUUCAUGUCCACAUUGUUCAAAAACCUUUAAUUACGAAUACCGUUUGCGAAUACACUUGCGUGCAUGUAAAAAGUUAAAUCCAUUUAUAUGUCCUAUUUGCUCGAAACAGUUUCCUCGCGUAUACAAUUUUAAUAGGCAUAUGGGUACUCAUGAUUGA